GGGAUGCCCGCAGUGGUGUCCGUGUCCAUCAGCAGCAGCCACAACUCCUUCCGUGCCCCCAAGAGAUACGCCCGGGGGCUCACCCUUGCCGAGUUCAAGUGUAAGCUGGAACUGGUUGUGGGAAGUCCGGCAUCAUGCAUGGACCUCGAGCUCUAUACUCCGGACGACAAGUUUGUGAUGAAACUCGACAGCGAUGAGGCCUUGCUGGGGUCUUACCCCAUCGACAACAGGUGCAGGAUUCAUGUUACUGACAGGAGCGGUGCAACCAUCGGGGAAUAUGAAAAUGUGUCAAAGGUAGAGAAAUUCAAGAUAAAUGAUGCUGAAUAUGACAAGCGAACAGAUACAGCACGCGCCUUCAUGAAAACAAGCAAGCUGGGGCAGUACAAUGUGGAAGAAAUGAUGAAGAAGGGAGCAGAGAGGGAGCAGAAGCUGAUGGAGGAGAAGGCCCUGGAGGAAGCCAUUUCCGUGGGGUCGAGGUGUGAGGUGCGGGCAGCGGGGCAGCCCAACAAACAGGGGACAGUGAUGUAUGUUGGCUUAACGGAGUUCAAGCCUGGUUACUGGGUCGGCGUCAAGUAUGAUGAGCCUGUGGGGAAGCACGAGAGAAGCGUCAAUGGAAAGCAAUACUUUGAGUGCCAGCUCAAGUAUGGGGCCUUCGUGAAGCCUCGCUUCGUCACUGUGGGGGAUUUCCCGGAAGAGGUGGACUAUGGCUUGGAUGACGAAAUGUGUCGGGGAGAGGAAGAUGUGCAGGGGUGGCUGAAGGAAGCGGAGUGGGUCGCCAUGCGGCCUCUGUUAAUGGCUGGCUGUUGCGCUCUGAUCCCAUGCGCGAGGUCACUUGAGCAAGCCAAAGGGAGAAGGCGUGAAAAGCCGCUGUGUGUUCUUUGACUUGUGUUGGUGGUUUCCUCCCCCC